UACACACAGCUAGCUUUAGUUGUUGCUGUGGAGUUUCCAUGGUAACGCCUUUAAAACGUGGUAUGUUUGAUGGUAGUUUGUGACAAACAUACCCAUGUUACCUAGAAUACCUUGUUUAUUUUAAUCAGAAAGGGGAGAAAUUACUUGUAUUUACGAGUCGUUUUAGCGUAAAACUCGCUGCUAUAUUAGCCUGUUAGCUAGUUUGAUACCGCGAUGGAUGAAGAAAUUCUACUGUCGGACUUGGAAGGUGAAGAGGGAACAACAACUAAUGCAAACGAAGAGGACGAUAAGGUUCAAGCACAACCCUUGACUAAAGACACUAUUAAGGAAGGACUUUCAUUUUUGUGCAGGACAGGGGAUAGACUUGGACAUGCUUUUAUUAAACUCAACCUUCAACACAAGAAAUUAAAUGACAUAGCAACAAUCAGCGGCUACAUUCACAUACGAUUACUGGAUUUAUCCAACAACUACCUUAAUGAUCUUUCCCCUCUUGCCUCCCUCAAGCACCUGCUGUGGCUGAAGGUUGACAAAAAUGAUGUGGUGAGCUUCCAAGGGCAACCGUUUGCUGAGCUGAUCUAUCUGCAGAGGCUGAGUAUGGCAGCGAAUCAGCUAAAUGAUGUAAAUGGCCUAGUUGGGCCCGCUCUGGAGAGUCUCAAUCUUAAAGGCAAUAACAUUCAGCAACUGCAUUCUUUUCAAACUGGAUGCUUUGGAAGUCUGCUUUCCCUGGAGUUGAGAGGAAACCGUUUGGAAACUACUGAUGGCCUUAACCUUCCAAAUCUGCAACGAUUAUACUUGGCUGAAAAUAUGAUCAAACAUCUUGAAGGUCUGGACAAGUUGGAGUCCCUCACCAUCCUUCAUCUUCGAGACAAUAAAUUAGAAACUCUAGAUGGCCUCAGUUCCAAUAUGAAGUGUCUUCGGUAUCUAAAUGUCAGAGGCAAUUUAAUCACCGAGGGGAAAGCUCUGCAAAGCAUCGGCCUUGUUGCAAAAAGCUUGCAAGCAUUGGUUCUUUCUGAGAACCCGCUGGUGGCAACAUCAGACUAUCGCUUCAGUGUGUUGACACUGUUACCACACCUGAAAAGACUCGACAAAGAGCCUGUAUCACCUGAGGAGAGGAGUGAAAAUCAAAUGAGAAUCAGAGUAAAAAGAACUUGAGGAAGAGGAAGCACCUGAGCCAUAGUGUUUCAUAAGAUCUCAGAAUGGGGAAGUGCUUGGCUAAAGAAGAUGGUCUUUAAGGAGAUGAUUGUGAUUGCACAGAGGUUUUUCUUUUUUUUUUUGAAAGUUGACCAUUUUCUUUCCAAACUGUUGCUACAAUAAAAAAAAAAGAAGAAGUUUG